AUGUUGAACUCUAAUAAAACCCUUGAAGAUGCCAGGCCAAGGAAGAUUGUAGCAGUUGGUCGAUCAAAGAAUGUUUCAAUCCCUUACAGAACUCCUGUGAGCAAAGUCUCCAAAAAGUCCAUCAAGCCAUCCAAAAAGGCUUCCUACAGAAGCCAUAAAAGCAAGGAUUCUAAUAAUUUCUCACAUUUGUGGGAUUGGAAAUACGGCAAGAAGACCUUGUCGUCGGUAAUCUCUUCAAAAAUAGAAAGCCAGAAUUUGUCAUGUAAAUUGUCACUAAGUAGCUCAAGCUUGCACUCACUCAAUAAAUGGUUAGAUGAAAAGCCAAGCCCCAAAAAUAAAAAUCAAUCAAAACUCACAAAAUCAAACACAAAAGAGAAUCUAGAGGAGUGGCUCUAAAGCAGAAAAUGGAUUCUCUGGAAGCCACAAAAAGAUCGAACAGCCAAGCUAGUAAGGCGAAUACUCAGCCUAGACGACUUUCCUUAAACCAAGGGAUUAAUGCAACAUUAGAACUCCUGGGUUCAAAUCCCCCUCUAAAAAUGUUGGAGAACCUCUUAGAGGAAGAACAUAAAAGGAAUGAAUUAUCAGCUCACAGAAAGGAGCAAAACUUAAUCCAGAUUAAACGUAAUGUUGCGAUGAAGGUACGUAUCGAGGAGAAGAAAUAACCACAAAAUCGCGACUAAAAGACUAGAACAAUUCUUCCAAGAAAAUCUGAAGAAUUUAGAAGCUCAGUAUAGAUCCCAAAGAGCUGAUUUGUUGACUAAAUCAGCCCAAUUGACUAAAAUAUCUCGCUACAUGAUCCAGCAGGAACUUUACAUUUCUAAUAUGGCACGAGUGGUGGUAGACAACCUUGAAAAAGGGAAUGUACAUCGUAUCGAUGAUGGAAAGAACCCAGAAAUGUCCCAAAUAGUUAAAGACGGAGGUGAACUCAAGCCUUUGAAACUACAGAAGAGAGACAUCAAGGUCAAAGGAUUGUCGAUGAAGCAAAGCCCUGUCUUCUCACAGAUAGUUGUCUCUAAGAACAAACAAGAGCCAUUGCAAUCGCCUGUGAAGAUCCUUCAACAAGUUCCAAAGGGCAAGACUGAGCUUGAGUCUGAAGAGAGGAUCAAAAAGAUCCGAGCGGAAAGAAGGGAACUUAUGAUACAAAAGAUGAGACAGCAAGAGAUGGACUCUCUUCGUACAAUCUCAGAGAAAGCUAUUGACGAUUUUAAAACAAUUCAUGCAGAGAACAUUAAACUGAAACAAGAGAUAGAAGACCUUAAAGCUGAGCACAAAAGGUUUAAAAACAAUGUCCAUAAGGCAUGAUACAGGAGAGAGAAAUAAGCUUGAGGACAAACUUGAAUUGAUCCAAAGCGAGUUUAAAGUUUGGCGUAAAAUGUUCCAAAAAGAAAUGAAGCUCAAAGAAGUCAUCUACAAUAGAACGAUUAACUACAAUAGUGUUCUUCUAAAAGAACUUGUUGUUGCGAAGAACAUGCUGAAGGCGACUCAGAGAUCAUCAGAAUUCAAAGAAAUCGAGCUACCAGAUGCUAAAGACGUCAAUAUUUAUAAAUACAGACCUGCUUCAAGUUUUAACGAGGCUCCGAAUCUAUCAAAAUCUGUAACAUUUGGAGAAAAGGUGCCAGACAGGAAGCGUAAUAACACUUCGCUUGAAGUCAGCCUUAAAAUCCCUCAGUUAAAGAUGGAAAGAGUUGAAUACCAAGGACGGAAUUAUCCGUCACCGAGGUUCAACUAUUCUUCAUUUGGAAGACACAAGGAUGAAAGACCACUAAAAGGAUGCCUGAAAGAUUUAGUCAAGCGGUCUGUAAGAGGUCCUCUUGAUAGCUUAAGAAGCUCCCUGAAAACCUCUUUCAGAGAUCAGAAUACGUGGAAGUAUGUAGGGAAUAGUUCAAAAACUUCAAUUUAA